GUGAUUUGUUGUUACCCGUGGUGGUCGCUGCGUGAGCUUCGCGCGUGGAAUUUUCUUAUUUUCCGCUUGUCACCGAUUUGUAAUUUAGUACAAGCCAAUCCCUCUUUUGUCACCAAAUUUCUGCCAUCAGGAUGAUGCAGAAUCAAAACAAUCCAAAGGGUCCCAGGAAGAUGAGCAAUCCUCGCGGACAGCAGAGGACUCGGCCAUAUCAGCACCAUACUAGUAGCAGCACCGGAACGACAACGGCAUCAACAACAGUAGGAGGAGGAGGACGCAUCGCAGCAUCAGGCCAUCGCAAUAAUACAACAGUUGCAGCCGUAAACGCGAUCGAUCAGGAGAAAGCGCUCCGUAAUCAAAUUCACAUGGAGAUCGAAAAGAAGUCAAAGGCUUGUUCCAAUCAAUCCUUCGAAUGUACACUUCCGCGCUUGGAACAGUACAGUUAUUGCAAGCGACAUAUCUUGCAAGAUACUCGCGCGCCGUACAAACAAUGCGCUUUCUUUUUCGCAUCAAAUGGAAAGCGCUGCCUGGAACCGGCUCCAAAGUACGACAACAAGAAAGAUUACGGCACGAACUAUUGCUUCGAGCAUAGCCGGCUGACGCAGCUGACAAAGACUAAAUCGACCGUCGGAAAAUACACACCGAUCGAAACGACCGAGACGCUACUGCACAAUCUUGCGCAUCAUGUCAAGGUGGACAAGGCCAAACAGCAACAACAACAACAACAACAGUUGGCAAAUUCAUCAUUAAAAAUAAGUGUCCAUGAGGACGAUGAAGAUGGAGAUGUUGAUGUCGUUACACCGUCAGUCGAUCCCUAUGUUGAUAUUGAUGUAGCCACAAUCAACGAUUCAGCUCGCGUCGUUCUGGAUUAUGCUUCCGACAGUAGCACUGAUGAUGAAGCCACUCUGGUGGGUAAUACAUGGCGCGGGUAUGAUGUGGACAAUUCCGAUAACGAGAGCGUCGACUCGCAGAAUGAAGAUCUACUGAAGCAUGCUGGGAUUUACACAGUCGAGGAAGCCACCAUGAUCACAAAGGAAAAAUUGAUCAGGUUGCAAACCCUGUAUAUCGAUCAGUUCCAUCGGCUGCAACAUGUAUUGAAAGAGAAACGUCGACGAUAUCUUCAUGAGUUGCGCCGUGAGCGCGAACAGUAUUGCAGUAUUCAUGAUCAGGUUAAGGAUUCACCUAAGGAACGCAAACUCUAUGAAAAGUUAAAAGCAUUUAAUCAUUAUCACCGAAAGUACGGAAUGGAAGCUAUUUUGCAUCGGAAGUAUUUGGAAAAACGAGCUAAGGCAACGGAAGGAUUGCAUCAGAAGGUAGCAUCACAUCCGAAGUGUGCAUUUACCGAGGGAGGAGUGAAGUGCGGAGAAAGGACAUUACCUUGUUGCAAAUUUUGUCGAAAGCACAUCCUUGAAGACAAAAAGCAAGUGCUGUUCAAAUCUUGCGGAGUCGAAAAGAGUGGUGUCGUCUGUCAGGAACCGUUGGCAAACCUUUUCGAGAAUUCCACUUGUUAUCUCCAUGUCGAGCUACCGGCACAGAAAACUUUUAGCAAAAAGAAGUACGAAUCGGAAUCGGAUGGCGAAGAUGAUUCUCAGGAAGUCAAGAAGGAGCCGCUGGUCAUUCCGAAGAUCGAAAAAGAAUCACCGUCGCAAUCGUCUAGCACCACGGCCACUGCUGUCGAAACCGGAGAUCAGGAAAUGUCCUCAGAGCCACCGAUUGUGGAACAUAACAUUACCAUUGCCCACGACAGUGAUCCAGCGAAUCUAGAGGAUUCCCUUCCGGUGAGUGUCAUUGCCAAACCAAAGCCAGUGUUGGAAGCUAAAGUGGAAGAGACCACCGAUUGCGGCAGCAAAGACACAUGUGCAGACGAAGAACCGAAAGAGGCAGAUGAAGAGAAGGAAACCGACGAGCCUACCAAAAUGGCAGAGUGAAAUGAAAAGUCUACCGAUUUUGGUCUCAAUUUAAUUGAUUUUUAUUGUGUUUCUUUCCUUUCAUUGUAAUAGUUUCAUUAAAUACAGUCGCGCGAUAAUUCGAAACAUAAAAAGAACACAAAAAAUACACUAGAGAAUAGGCUGAACAGAUAAAAUAAUAAGAAAAAUCACCUCGAUCAAAUAUGUAUCUCUUCGGUAGUUGUUUUAGCAUUAAUUUGGAAUAAACUUUUUAGCUAAGUCGAUCACGUAUUGUUUUAUUACUACUACUUUGUUGUGUUUGUUUGCAUGCUCUGUUUUAUACGACUACGUUGUUUUUUUUUGUUGCUGAUCGGAUCAUUUAUGGGUGUUUAAAUCAAAACUGCGUUUAAUUUGCCAGCAGUUAGAAUCAUUGUUAGCUUUGCGAAGUCCGAAGCUAGAUGGAUGUUGGUCUGUAGGAAUUUUGAGUGAUGGUUUUCCUCUCCGGAUGAUUUGCCACGAGGUCAAGAGGUCAGGACAGUAUUUAUGGAUUAUUUGCUAAUUUGGAACUGAGCAGCGACGUAGUGAAGGGGUAGCGAAAUUCAAAGAGUAUCUCCCUAGCAACUUUUCCACGACAUUAAUUUCAAUUCCAUUUAAUCAAUGGCCGGAAAGCUUUCUUAAUGACUUCCAAGGAGAACUUCAAAGUAAGAGAGGAUUCAGCCCUGUGCUUUAUAAUAAAGUAAAUUUUUUAAAAAGAACUUCAAUGUAAUCCUGAAAAAAUAAUUCAAUGAGCUUUGCGAUGAAAAUUUCAGGUAAUUCUUUGCAGAAUUCCAGGGGUUAAUUUAAAAGCGAGCUUAAAAGUUUGUCGGUGUUAAAAGUACAUUAGGUGCUGUGUACCGAUGUAAGUCAUGACAUUGUCAGGCCUAUUCUGCGAGUCGUGUGACUUUCUGUUAAACGUGACAGCUGAUUCUCGUGUACAGUUGUCAUUGAGAGACUCCUCGGCCAAAGUGACAUCCAUCGUUAGCCCAGACAUAGUUAAGUUCAUUCCUGUGAAAACAAGCUGGGUGAUCAGUCCUUGGUUAAUGCCCUUCCUAAUUGCGCAUACCUCAA